AUGUUGCUGAAAGCUGUCCGACGUUGCGCGCGGUCGCUGUCGACGGCGACCGCACCCUAUCCUUUUUCCAGCGUCGCCAAAUUCCCCACACCACCCGCGACACCGCCGCCAGAACCGCUCCGGCUCGGGAAAGGGCUGAUGCCCUACCUGCAGCAAACGCUCCCGGAACCCGCCAAGCAAAAGCUCUUCACGACGUACUUCUCAAAACGACACCCACUGCGGAUCCUGCCCGGGUCGGUGCUGACGGUGUCGCUGGCGCACGCGCCGACGACGUUCUCGGGCGUGCUCAUGCAGGUGCGGCGGCGCGGGCUCGACACGUCGUUCGUGCUCCGGAACGUGAUCAACCGCACGGGCGUGGAGAUGCAGUUCUUCGUGAGCUCGCCGCACCUGAAGGACAUCAAGAUCGUGCAGCGCGCGGGCGGGGGCGGGGGGAAGGCGGGCAGGCGCAUGCGCAGGGCGAAGCUCUUCUACCUGCGCGACUCUCCGGAGAAAAUGACUGCGAUUUCGGCGGGGGUGCGCGGGUGA